GACUGACACCUCGUUUGCUUCCCUAAUGACUUCAACACCACUUAUCCAAUUUUAAUUAAACUGUUCACUGUUCAUAUAUGACGUCAUUGUCACCCACUCAUUUUGAAUUUAGCCCCGUUUUCGGUGAAUGGGUGUUCCUGACACAGCCUUGUGUUUAUCGGUCACGCCUGUGCACAUGUCUGUGUAGCUACCUUCACUUGACAGCUGCUGCAGUAUUAAUCCUCUUUUGCUAUUUUUUUUUCCAGCUGGCUUUAGGGAUAGUCUUAAAAUUACCUUCCUCAACUAAUAACCAACAUCAGGUUAACUUCUUUCAAUUGCGGUUUUAAGAUGAAAGAAAGCGCAAGGGUCUGUAAGAUGAAUUUCCCAACACGUGACGGCACUACAACGAGAUGUUAGCUACGGAAACUUUAAUUUAACUACCACGGGGCAUAUCUGAAGAGACCUACUUUUUCUGUCAAAUUCUUAGAGACACGUAAGAGCAAUAGGAUUCGAUACACAUGGAGGAAAUAAUAACUGUCGAGUAGUCGUUAUAAUAAAGGAAAAAAGCUUCCAAGGUAAAUAUUUCAUUUCUGGCCGUCACUUUUAGGCAAAAUUCCCAUUUAUAGACCCUUGUCGUAGAUGGCGCAGGUUCGUUAAAGAGUGAGACAAUAACAUCUUGAUUGUCCCUAACACGAAGGUGGAUCGCCCUUAUUGUGAAGGACUGGAGUAGCUCUCUGAGACCGGGGAGGGGUUUGGCUGCAGAGGGGGACAAAGAAAGGACGCUGCCGGGAAGCAGAGCUGGAAGCUGGGGACGAGAGCGGCGACAGCCCCGCUGGAUAUCCAACACACCAGGAAGAGGAAUUAUUAAGCAGAGCUGGCGUAAAAAAAAUAUACAUAACUGAAUCAAAUAUACAGCAACUGUACAAUAUCGUACAAAAAGGAGUCGCGUUGAGGACACGAGAAUACAAACUACUGUCUAUUCGCGACCUCUGAAAAACGCAGCAAACAUUUAAAAAUACGCAAACAAAAUAAUGGAUUUUGAUAUAGAAAAUUAAUACGUUUUUUUUGUGUCGAAGUUGUCGGUCAAAUAUCGGACCGCGAUGUAUGAUUCCUACUCCUAAUUUCUUUUAAAAAAUCACAACACGUCUGCAGGCUAUUAAAAUAAUUGUUUAUAUUACCAGCGUCAUAAUCCUGAACGCGAAGUUCUUAUGUAAUUACUGUACCUGGUGCUAAAUUCUCAGCAAAUGCAUUUGCGUUCGCGUGUGUCUGUUAGUAUAAGAGUAUUGCAGAUUUUCCGUUGAUGCAAAGGAGAUUAGACAGGCUACUGAUUUAAGUAUACUAUAGUACGAUUAGUCCGUCUGCAAUCUGCUUGGAAAACACGGCCUGUAACCAGGUAGUUUGGCAAAAAUAUAAAUAAAUCGAUGCUACUGUUUUCACAGAACUGUAAGACGUCUCUGUCGUUAUUUUAAGACAAGACGUUAAUGGUAAUACUUUUACAGCAGUCAUUGUAAAUCGGGUUGUGUUCUUUGCAAGCCGUUUAAAAUUGCGAUUUAAAAUUAAAACAACAAUAUAUUUAUACUUGUUUAUUUAAUAGUUUGCUGUGCAAACCUGUAUUUAUCAUGGUUAUAUUUAAAAUAUAAACCUUGUUUAAGUCCUUUUCUGCUUGCUAAAUUUGGAAAAAGAAAUUCUAACAUUCCGACAACCGGCUUGCUGUUUCUAAUAAUAAUAAUAAUAAUAAUAAUAAUAAUAAUAAUAAUAAUAAUAAUAAUAAGCACGUCAUUAAGUAAAGGGUAGCCCUCCUAAAAGAAAAAAGAAAAGUUUGUAUUCAUUUGAGCUAAAAAAAAAAUUAAAUCUGAUUUUGAAACUAUUUUUAAAUAACACAAGGUUUUUUUUUAGCUGAAUAUUUUAACACAACACUUUUUAUUAUUUUUUAUUUUUUUUAAAGAGAACACAGACCUAUUUUUUGCCUCAGAAUUGUAAAGCCGAACUCAGGUAUUUCCAUCGCCCAGUAUGAACGGGUUCCAGUCCAGUCCGCAGGACGGCCCGGCCGGGUCUACUUGCUCGAUUGAGGGUCUCCCCCCGCUCCCCAAAGGGCUCAGCGGCAUCCUGAACUCGAGCGGCGGCUCCUGGCGCGACAUUGAGAAGGUCUACAGCAAGAAAACUCGCAUCCAGGACGACCUGAGCAAGUCCCGGCACAGCAGCACCGACAAACUGGGCAGGGACAAGCCGGCCAACCUCGACGCAGCCCUCGCCAUUCUACGAAAAGAAAUGGUGGGUCUGAGACAGCUGGACAUGUCCCUACUGUGCCAGCUGUGGUCCCUGUACGAGUCCGUCCAGGAGUACAAGGGGGCUUUCCAGGACCUGUCCUCCUCCCUGAUGUCUGAGGGCUCCUUCACCACCGAGAACGGCUUCUCUGAGGACGAGGAAGAGGACGAGGACUUCAGCCCCCCGCCCGGGACCCCCCUCAGCCUGCCCCAGCCCGCACACAACUCCCGGGACCAGUGGAUACAGGAAUCCUUCCACAUCCCUCUGUAGGACUGUAGACCCAAACCAGACACCAGCCUUCAUCCAUCCAUCUCUCCUGCCUUGCUCUAUACAAUUUGAAGCCAGCCCAGCCACACAACUCCAGACAAAGGAUUGUUAACCAGGAUCCUUCCACAUCCUGCUGUAGGACUCAGAUUACAGGCCAGAGCCAUGCCUUCAUCUCUCCUUCUCUACAUACACCAGAACUUUAAACGCAGCCCCACGCAGCCCCACGCAGCCCCACGUAGCCCCACACAGUUCUCGGGACCAGUGGAUCCUGCCACAACCCACUCUGACUGACCCCAAUCCACUGAAUCAAAUAUCUAGUGAUUAUUUUCAGAAAGGGGCAAAUUAUCAACAAGGUGGGAUAGAGAAGCAGGAUUAAUGAAAACAGGACCCAAUAUUAUUAUUAUUAUUAUUAUUAUUAUUAUUAUUAUUAUUAUUAUUAUUUUUAAUUGAGUGUAACAUUUUCUGGGAAUUUAUCAGUGUUAAUGAAAAAAAGAAAACUGAUCAGUAUUGAUGAAAAUAAUUUAAUUUCUGAGCUUUCCAGGUAAAUCCUGUUGGUAGUACUGGGACUAUCGGAAAAGCAGCUCCACCUGCUUCCUCUAUUCUCUGUGAGUGCAAACCGUGUGCAGCUGGUGCAGUCAGCCUGUGCCAGUAAUAAUGUUAAACACACACACCUGUAUCACACUGCCACUCCCUCAUCUUCACAUGCCUGUAAACGUGUGCUCUGAAUGGAAAGUCAUGGGAUUUCAUCGUGGAUUCACCUGCUUGAAGCAGACCUGUGGCUUUUGUAAAAUCCAGGAAUUUUUCGGUAAAAACAGAGAAUAAAGGGUCUUCACUUUUAUAUGCUGCUGCACUUUUAAACACAUCACGGUAUUAUUAUUAUUAUUAUUAUUAUUAUUAUUAUUAGAGUGUGUGUGUCUUUUUUCAUGUGUUUUAGUUUUUUAACCAAAUAAAUUAAUUAUGCAUUUCAAA